AUUGUGGAUUCAUCGAUAAUAUUACUAAAAUUAUGCAUAUAAUCUUUUGUAAGUUUAUCUUCUUGUAUUUCUUUUGAUGAUAUUUUAGAAAUUAUGCAUAUAAUCUGAGAUUGAGAGGAGCGAGCUUGAGAACUCCAAUACUAAACUUUGAUUAAAUUCAAAUUCUAAAGUAUUAGGGGUUGAUUCAUUUGAAAACUCUAGAUAACAUGGUCACAAUUCUAAAUAAUGUGGGCACAAUUAUUUAGGUUAUUAUUGGAAAAAAAUUUGGUAUCAUCGAAACAUUUUAGAAAUCAAACUUCCCGUUCUGAAUUAUUAGGGGUUGAUUCGUUUGAAAUAAGGGUGUAGAGAUUUUUAUCUUUAUAAAAAGUCCAUCAGUAUAACUUGUGGAUUAUUUUCGUCAAUAUAAUAAAAAGGGAAAUUAGAAUUCUUCAUUUUUUAGUUAAAGUAAAUUAUCUCAUAUAAAUCGAUAAUACUGUACUUGGUCAGAAACUUUACAAGAGUGUUAAUCAAAUAAGCAUUAAUUACUCUUGCUAUUUGAUCACCUAACCAAAUAACUAUGAGGACUAUGAACCAAACUAAUGAACUAAUUUUUUUUUUCACCUAAUCCUAGGCCGUACACACGAGGCUUUAACAUAUGGUGCAUGGAUGACAUUGUACCCACAUGAGAUUGUUGUGUGUGUGUGCAAUAUUUUGUACUACCUAUAGAAUAUCAAUAUAUGGAAAUCUCUAGAUGUGUUGAUUUGCAACUAAAAGUGAUAUGUUUUGAUGUUGUUUCUUAAUGCCCAAACAAAAUUCUCUAACUAGUCGUUGGAUCAUUCUCUAAAUCUCGAUUAUUGACUUUCUGAAUUCAGUUUUAAAUGCUUUCAAUAAAAGGCUUUUAAUUAUUGACUUUCUGAAUUCAGUUUUAAAUGCUUAAAAUCUAUAAUAAAAUAAAAGUAUAGUAAAAUUUUGAGUUUAUAUCUAAUCUUAAUAAACGAAAUUAUAGUAAAAGUAUCAAAAAGAAGAGGUGUAUUGAAUUUUUGGAUUUAGUUUUCAGUGUUUAAAAUCUGAGAGUGAUAAAGUAAUAAUAUAAACUUUAGGAUUAUAUUUAAAUAGAUAACUAAAUCUAAACUAAAGUACAAAUAGAUAAAAGUUAAAAACUAACGACGUCUCUUACUCAAUGCGGUUGAAUUUUUUUCUAAACUUCAUUUAGUCCACUUAGAUUCAACACCCUUAUUAAAUGGAUUCAACUAUUUAAACAUUUGUUCAACACCCAUUGUAACUAGUUUUAAAGCCCACUUUUCAAUCUUCACAAACCGGGAAAGAAAGAUGAAGAACUCUUCUACAAUUUUAUUCGUACUAGUUGUCUUUUUCUUCAUUUCUUCUUCAGGAGAAAGAAAAAAGUGUUUUGAUGGAUGGACUUGUUUAGGAGAAGACAAAUGCAAAGUAAAGUGCAUGGCUAAACACAAAGGAGUUGGAACCUGUAACUUGUAUACUAUUCCUUCUUUCCCUGCUCCGGGAGCUUCUUAUAUUUGCGAUUGCAAGUUUGAUUGCUAACCUUUCUAUCCAAACUACACUUUUAAUCCGUUAAAUCUAAUGAUAAAUGAAUAAAUUAAACAUCU